CUGUACAAGUAAAGGGUUUUAAUCCUUGAUGUGUAGCUCGGAUAUGGACACCCAAACUACCAGCCUGUCUAAAGAUUUUAUCGCACUGAUUACAUUUUAAAUAAGUUAAUUCCCCAGUAUGCAGUUCCAUGUGCCUCUUCAUCGCCUUUCUUUCAGUGAAUGUCUUUAAACAUAACUCACACUGGUUGAAGUGUUUUCCUAAAACAUGAACAUCAAUGUUAUUCGGAUAUCUUCUUUUGCAUAUAAAGCAGUAGUCGUUAGGAUCAUGUAGCAUUUGAUGUACUUUUAGUAGAAAUUGGCAAUUAAACGUUUCCGAACACGUAGGACAUUGUAAGUCUUCUGAUUUUUCUGUUUUUAGCAAAUUUAAAUCUAUUAAAUCUGGUUGGUCUUCUUCGAUUGGCUCGAUUUUUAUAUCCAUAUUUGACUAGAAAUAUAUUAAAGAGCACUUUUCACCAGAUUAAAUUGAAACAAUAUUGAAACUAAUCGCUAAUCUUAACUAAACAACAUAAUCAACAUAAUAACAUCUACAUAACCUAGAAAUAUUCAAAUGCAAUAUGAAUGACAGACAACCAGUAAUAUCUUAGCAUGUAUAAAAAGUUGCCUAUAUAAAGUAAAUUCGGUAACUCCGCUCCUGUCCCGUUCCACCCCUGGCUAAUCCGAACAUAGAGAAAUAUCCGAACACUACUAGUCAACGUUAAUAGUUGUCAAAUAAAAAUUUAACUGAUCUAACCUAAAAAAAAUUUCAAAAUAUAAAUUAAUAAAAACCUUAUUUAUUAAACUUUAUUAAUAAAACCUUUAUGAAUGUAUCUAUCAUACAACUACGAUAGUUAAUACCUGUAUUCUGUGAUAUAACGAUGGAUUUUAAAGAGGGUUGGUCGCUAAUAAAAAGAGUUUUCCCCAUAUUAGACGAAACUUACAACUUGUGCCAACUAGAAGAGAAGACAUUCUUGAAGCAAGAAUUUUGCGACGCAGUGGAAUUUAUAAAGAAAAUCAAUCUUGCGGUACACAUUCAAAAUCUAAUAGUUAGUAAAAUAGAGCAAAGAUUACGCGACGAAGUCGCCCCCGAAUUCUGGUCUUAUUUCAAAAACAACGAACAUGAAAAUAAAGGCUUCAAACAAUUCUAUAAUGCUGUCAAAUCGUUAUACGAUUCGUACCGUCAAUUGGAACAUACAAUGCGUAAAUUAGAGAUGUUUAGACAAGCUACAGAUAUAGAAGAACAAGUAUAUAAUGAAAAAAAUGUUUAUGAUGCUUUGAAGCUGAUUCUGAAAGCCACUUUGUUGUCUCAAUUGAAUUUGGACUAUCAAUUAGUUGUUAUGAAUUUCUACGAAGCUGCUCUCAAGACUGAUGAUGUAGAUGAGAACAAUGAAGGACAAUGUAUUAUAUGCUCGCAGGAGAGUUUACACUGCAAUUGCAUGCAUUUGUUCCAGGAAACCAAUAGAAAACUUGGAGAAAUGACUCUGCUAGAACCUCUAGUAGGGCAAACUCUUACAAGUUUGAUAUAUGGCUACAUACAUUCUCACAUACAGAAGAUUUGUAAAGAUUGUUUUGAUUCAUCAUUUGUAGCUGUUUUAGAAAAGUGGUUGCAAGACAUAGUUCUGAAUUGGUUGAGAAAUAUUUAUUGUUAUGAUAAUUCCACGUCAAUUGAAGAGUCCAUGGGUACUUUUGAAAAGAAAUUAAUAAAUUUUCUUUAUAACAGCUACACCAAAAUCAGAAUAGAUCAACUUUUUAACAUUAUUAUAGAAUAUCCGGAAUCGUUAUCGGCCCUCGAAGAUUUGCGAUUGUGUCUUCCGAGAACAGAUUUGAAAUCAAUGUUAACAAAAAAACUUCAGAACGCAAUGGAAACCAGAUUGUUACAUCCCGGCGUCAGUACUCCCGACGUUUUGACGGCCUACGUGGCCGCCAUCAGGUCCUUAAGGGUAUUGGAUCCCACCGGUUUGCUGUUGGAGACUGUAACCCAACCAGUACAUCAGUAUUUGAGAAGUAGGGAGGAUACUGUGAGAUGCGUGGUUACUAGUUUGACUGAAGAAGGCCCUAACGACUUGGCGGAGGAAUUAGUUAGAGGUGAAGCCGUUCAAGUAGAUGAAAACACGCCGCUUGAUGAAGAUACUGAGGAUUGGGAAUCUUGGGUACCAGAUCCCAUUGAUACAACACCCAGUAAAUAUUCUUCCAGGCGUACUUCCGAUAUAAUUUCAAUGUUGGUGAACGUCUACGGUAGCAAAGAGCUAUUCGUUAACGAGUAUAGGACUUUGCUAGCUAAUAGACUGUUGACUCAGUGCUUGUGCGACACGGAAAAGGAAAUACGCUACUUGGAAUUGUUAAAACUACGUUUCGGUGAUUCCCAGCUACACUAUUGCGAGGUUAUGUUGAAAGACAUAGCGGAUUCGAAACGUAUCAAUCAGCACAUCAAGCAAGAUCCGGAAUACACGGAAGAUGAAAUCCCCUUAUCGGCUAUGAUAGUUUCGGCGCAAUUCUGGCCUGCGUUCAAAGAAGAAAAACUUGAAUUGCAUGCCAAGGUGCAAUCGCAAAUUUCGAAAUACGUGACGGCGUUCGAAACGCUUAAAGGCAGUCGGACGUUGUGUUGGAAAAAUCAUUUGGGAUUCGUCGAUGUAGAAGUCGAAUUGGCGGAUAGGACGUUAAAUUUGUCCGUUUCGACAGUGCACGCAUCGAUUAUCAUGCAUUUUCAGGAUAAAAGUUCCUGGGAGCUGGAAGAGCUCAGUAAGGUGAUGAUGUGUCCUCCAACGGUGUUGAGAAGGAAAAUAGGUUUCUGGCAAUGUCAUGGAAUAAUCGUAGAAACGAUUCAAGACGUCUUUUGUGUCCAAGAAGAUUUGGAGAAUAAAGACAGCAAUAUACAGGAAGAUAUCUUCGUUGAAGAUUACGAAACAGAAUCUGCUAUGGCUAGUGCGCAGGACCAAAGAGAAGAAGAAUUACAGACUUUUUGGUCGUACAUUGUGGGUAUGUUGAUGAAUUUGGAUACUUUACCAUUGGAGAGGAUACAUCAAAUGUUGAAAAUGUUCGCUUUCCAAGGUCCCACUAUUGAAUGCAACAUCCAAGAGCUGAAAGUCUUUUUAGAUCGCAAAGUUAGAGAACAUCAUUUGAUUUAUUCCAAUGGUUAUUACAAAUUGCCCAAAUAAUGUUUUUUUGAUUAAUUUUGUAUGAAUGUUGUUUCCUGGGACGACGACGUUUGCUAUUUUUGCUUUGCUUCUUUUCAGUCGCCGUCAGAGAAAGAAGGGUUGCCUUUCCAUAAUCUGAAAGCUGUGGAAAAUAAUAAUGUAGGUAGGGGACCAGUAUAGUCUACAUUAUACUGGUCUACAAGCUAUAUUACUCUCCACUACUCCCAGCUGAUGGGAAGGAAACCCUUUUUUCUUUGACUAUGAUUGAGAAAGUAGGUAUUCAAAGCCGCAGGUACUUCAUUUACCGAAAAUAUAAAACGUCGUCGUAUCAGGAAACAAAUGUAAAUAUGUACGUACUUUUAAGGAAAUAAAAUGUCUUUUGUAUA